CACGAAGAAUUUGCGAGCCAACCAAAAAAGCCACCAACCGGCUUCCCCCCCGCCGUCGGCAACCGCCGCCGACCUCCGCCGCCUGCGUAUCAUCUGCCCCAGUCCGUUCCCCCGGCAAACCCCCACCCCCGCGCGCUGCCCAUGGGCUGCUCCUCCUCCUUACCAGCUACUAAUGCUGGAGGGUUGAGCAAUGCCAACAGUGGGGAUUCUGAUAUUGAUUCAAAGAACUUCCGAGUGAAGUUGGUAUUACUUGGAGACUCUGGUGUUGGGAAGAGCUGCAUCGUUCUUCGCUUUGUCCGUGGUCAGUUUGACCCUACUUCCAAGGUAACUGUUGGUGCAUCAUUUUUGUCACAAACAUUGGCAUUAGAGGACUCAACAACAGUGAAGUUUGAAAUAUGGGAUACUGCUGGCCAAGAGAGGUAUGCUGCCUUGGCACCUCUUUACUACCGGGGAGCUGGUGCUGCAAUUGUUGUCUAUGACAUAACCAGUCUAGAAUCAUUUAACAAAGCACAAUAUUGGGUGAAGGAACUUCAAAAACAUGGCGGUCCUGAUAUGAUUAUGGCUUUGGUUGGGAAUAAGGCUGAUCUGCAUGAAAAUCGUACUGUAUCUUCUCAGGAAGCACAAGAGUAUGCAGAAAGGAACAAUAUGUUUUUCAUUGAGACGUCAGCUAAAACAGCCGAUAACAUAAACCAAUUAUUUGAGGAAAUCGCGAAGAGGUUACCAAGGCCAACAUCAUCUUGAUGGAACUUGAUCAGUGUAGGUUUUAGAAAGCCUGGUCAAGGAGCAUUGUGUAAUGUACACUAGCAGUUAAUUGUCCAAUGCACCAUGGUGUCAGGUCAAGCACUCCAGCCAUGUGUAUACACGCUUGUUUGCAUAUGUAACUUCCAUGUAAAGCUUGCCUGAUGUGUUUAUUGUGUUGAGACCUGGAAUUUGGUCCAAGUUACAUCGUGGCAUGCUCUGCACUGGCUAUCGCACAUGGAAGUGAAGGGACUUAUAUGCAGUUUAAAGUUGCGACUAAUGUUUUCUAAUGCAAAAUUAAAUGCAUCAAAUAUAUUAAUAUA